CUCUUGCCUAUGACCCCAUCACAGCAGUGCCAAUAUAAACAUUAUAGCACUCCUUCUCAGGUAUUAUUGCUUAAAUAUUGAGCUGUGGUUUUAGGCACGAGGCUGCAGAUUUUUGCUGUUUAUUAAAUUAUUUUGAGUUAAAGAGGACGAGAAAAUAUGAUCUGUUUGGUUAUAAAAACGUUGCGAGUAAAAAUAGUUCUAUUGCUGCUCUGUUUGUAGCUGCGCUGUUUGGCUUGUAAGGGCUGCAUAGUUGCUGGGUUACCUGUAUGUGGCGGAGUAAUACAUGGAGAACUUCGAUUACAGUGCAUUAUCGGCUGAUAUCGACACUUGUCGGACGCCUUUCAGCAUUCACAUUGUAGGAUCGGAACUAACUGUGGUAUAAUUGUACAUAAUAUAUUACAGAAAAAAAGUUCCUUUCACACCUGUAAAGUUUGUUUCUGUUUAUUUUGAAAUUCUCUCUUAAAGAAAUAUACCAUAUAAUAAACUUGGCUGCUGAAGCAGAUGUUUUAGUAUUAUCUUCUGUAAGGCCUUUAGAAACCUUUCAAACCAGUUAGGCUUGUUUAGUAUAGGUUCUAACAAAAUAUUUAUUUAAAAUAACUGUGUUAUUAAGGUUAAUCCUGUAUGAAUCUGUAUCUUAUCUGCAUGCAUUUAAUACAUUAAAAAAUAUCAAAACUGACAUACACAGGUUCCUGAAUCAUGUACCCUGUUCUGCUUGGUAAUUUUCCCAACAAGCCAUUACAUCAAUGUGCUAAUCUAAAUGAUUUGGUAAUCCGGAGCACUGGCUGUGUUUCAAAAGAAAACAGUGUGAAACGUUUCUCUGCUGAAUCACCUGAUGGAGCAGUCAUGAACGCUGCAUAAAAAGUGAAAAAUUAAGAUGUUUAAAAGACACAUUUAGGGGUUAGUUUUCCAUGCAGGGAUUAAGCCUAGUCUUGGACUACAGAUCUUCCAUUCAAAAGAAAAUAUAGGCUAUGGCCAGAUUUUAUCACUGGUUUUAUUUUUUUUUUUUAAUGAAAAUUAGGGCUGUCAAUAUUAACAUCUCAAUUUGGGAAUCAUUGAAUCUGGAAACUUUAAAGCAUAUUUUUAACAAAUUUAAUCAAGUGACAAAAUUGACGGUCAGUUUUAUUUAGCUAUAUAACAGCAACACUUACUGUUCAGAAAAUAGAUGAGCUUUUAUUUAUGCUAAAGUUUCUGCUCUCUCUUUUUCUCUCUCUCUCUCUCUCUCUCUCAUUCUCUCUGUCUCUCACACACACACACAGUAUAACAUGGAAAACAGUGUACAAUACAAUAUAGACAACUACUACUGUUAAAAAACAAAGAAGCGUGGCCACGACUUACUAAGGCGCAACUUACAAUCUGUGGGAAUGGGAUAAUUUAAGUCGUAGCCAGAGAACAAUAAAGCUUUUAUGUUUUUCUGUAAAUUAAUGCCCAUGAAAAAUAUACUAAAUAUUACAUCAAAGCUUUAAUCCAAGGAUGAUCUUUUGUAAGAAAGUGCAGAUAAUUGGUUUCUAUUUUUAACUUGAAAUGAAUUAUGGUAAUAUCAAGUAGUAGUCUCUUGCAGUAAAACAUGACAUAAUUCAAACUAAAAGACACUUAAUUCUCAUACUAAAAGCAGACAGUACACAGACACGUUUACCUUUCUUAGGCAGUCAUAGUGUGCACAACCUCUGAGAGCUGCUUGCUUUGUUAGCUGUGAAACAAAAUGAUCUUUUGGCCACAUCUUAAUGGCUACAAUUUAAUUAACUCGUUCCCAUGUCUUAAUAAGUCAUGGCCAUGCAUUAUUUUUUUUAACAAGGUGUCACCUUAGGGCCUUUGUAGACAACAAAGUGCAAACAUACAACAAAUUGUGCAUCAAAAAAACACUCAAUAUCCGACCAUAUAUAGUAAAUAGCAAAUUCUCUUAUGUAAUUUUGUGGGAAACACUUUAACAGUGUUUAAUCCCAGUUGCAGAAGUUGUAGAAAUUGCACAGUGUGGUUUCACAGUCUCCUGCUAAACGUUUUGCCACGCUGGGUUCAGAUUGAACGCACCCUGGAGUUACAUUUAAUCCUGACAGCACUAAUCCCAUCAUUCACUCACCGGACAGCACUGAGCUCUGAGCUGCUGCAAGCAUUUGAUUGGAGCUAAGAGAUAGUGGAAAUAGUGGAGAUAGGUCCAUCGCUCUGGCUUUAAACAGCUGGGUUGUGAAUGAUCUCUGACAUGGCCUCUGUCGCGGAUCCCAGUGUACUGAGUCCAGUUGACUUCAUUCAGCUGCAGGAAUAUAUGGAGUACAGCUGCAUGACGGUGAAAGACGUAAUGAAAGAUUUCAAUGCUGGAGGAAAGCUGGCCCACCACCGGUUUGGUGAGCGAAUUGAUGCAGUAGGUUUCUCCCUGUUUCUGAAGUCUUUCCUGGAAGUGGACGAUUUCCCAGCUGACCUCUCCCAGCGUCUUUUUAAAUAUUUUCAAACCUCCGAACAUCAUGUUCCUGACCACAGCCUUCACCCCAAAGAUGGUGGUGUGUGUAUUAAAGACGUGUCCUGCUACUUCUCAGUGCUGGAGGAUGGAAACCCACGAGAUAAACUUGAGUUUACCUUUAAACUCUAUGAUCAGAAUGGAAAUGGACUGCUGGAGAGUUCAGAAGUCGACAAGAUCAUCACUCAGAUGAUGCGAGCUGCAGAAUACCUGGGGUGGGACGUGACGGAGCUCAAACCGGCUCUGAAGGAGAUGAUGGCGGCUAUAGACGCGGACAGUAAUGGUACUGUAACUCAGGAGGAAUGGAUCCAGGGUGGCAUGAACAACGUGCCCCUGCUGGUUCUGCUCGGACUGAAGAUGGCGGACAAAGACGGUCAGCACGUCUGGAGGAUGAAACACUUUAACAGGCCCACGUACUGCUUCGUCUGCCAGAACAUGCUGCUGGGCCUGGGCAAACAGGGCCUGUCCUGCAACGUCUGUAAAUGUACGGUCCACAGCCACUGUGCCAACAAGUACCACUCUCCCUGCGCUGCCACCUUCAUCACAUCCAAAGAAGAGAUCGGGCUUGCCGUCCAUGCCUGGGUCAGCGCUGACUGUGACUCCAGCAAGUGUGAGAUCUGCCACAAGAAGAUCAAAGCUCUGGCGGGGAAGCGCUGUGUGUGGUGCCACCUCACGCGCCACAAUGAGUGUGUGUCGGUGGGCUCGGUGAACUGUGACUGUGGGCCUCUGAAAGAUCAUGUCCUGCCACCUUGGGCCAUCUGUUCUGUAAACAAGAAGGAUGGUGGAUCUCACUGUCUGGAAGAGAGCGACCUGGCAAACAUCACCUCUGAUGGACACUUCCUGCAGAUAUUCCCAGUUCAUUACUCAAACCCUUUACUGGUGUUUGUGAAUCCCAAAAGUGGAGGAAAACAGGGGGGCAGGGUGCUGAGAAAGUUUCAGUAUCUCCUGAAUCCACGGCAAGUCUACAAUCUCUCAAACGGAGGACCAAACCCGGGACUUCACUUCUUCCGGAAUCUUCAGAAGUACAAGAUCCUGGUGUGUGGAGGUGACGGCACUGUGGGCUGGGUCCUGGAUGCCAUCGAUAAAGCUGAUAUGGCAAUAAAUCCUCCUGUAGCCAUCCUACCCCUGGGUACAGGAAAUGAUCUGGCCAGGUGUCUCCGCUGGGGAGGAGGAUAUGAAGGAUCUGAUUUGUCAGAAAUCCUGAAGGAGAUAGAGGAGAGUGUGGUGAUGAAGAUGGACCGCUGGAAGGUGCAGGUGGUUCCAAAUGAUGAGAAUGAAGUUGGAGAUCCUUUACCCAGUGAGAUUAUCAACAACUACUUCUCCAUCGGUGUGGACGCAUCUAUAGCCCACCGGUUCCACACCAUGAGGGAAAAGCACCCACAGAAAUUUAACAGCAGAGCGAAGAAUAAGCUGUGGUAUUUUGAGCUCGCCACUUCUGAGACCAUAUCAGCAUCCUGCAAGAAUCUCAGAGAAUGCCUUACUAUUCAGUGCUGUGGCGUACGUCUGGAUCUGAGCAGCCACUCCCUGGAAGGAAUCGCUGUUCUGAAUAUUCCCAGCAUGCACGGUGGCUCCAACCUGUGGGGUGAAACGAAGAAGACUGAGGAUGUGUAUAAAGAUGGAGGACACUGCCCACAGGUCAUUACUGACACCGACGUCCUGGAGAGGAGCUCACAGGACAUGAGUGAUAAACUUCUAGAAGUUGUUGGACUGGAAGGAGCCAUAGAGAUGGGUCAGAUUUACACCGGCCUGAAGAGUAAAGGACAUCGGCUGGCCCAAACAACACAGAUAAUGAUCAAGACAAAGAAAGCUUUGCCUAUGCAGAUUGAUGGUGAGCCUUGGAUGCAGCCCCCAUGCACAAUCCACAUUACCCAUAAGAACCAGGCCAGCAUGCUGGCGGCUCCUCCCGCCAAAUCAUCCGGAUUCUUUCAUCUCAAGUAAAAAAAAAUGGAUUUUCAGAAAUGUAGAUUUGUGUGUGUGUGAACUGUGAGCCAUAUUAUAUUUUAUAGCAGAUAUGUUUAUGAAUUUUGGGACAAAAGUAUUGGGACACCUACAAAUUUCAAUUUGUUUUCCAUUUGAAGCCUGUAACCAUUAGUGUGGAGUCAGUCCCCCUUGGCAUUUCUAACAGCAGUUGUGGAGCUCUGCGUUUUUUGAUUUUAGACUAUUCUUAAACAGAUUUAUUUGGCCUAGUCCCAAUAUUUUUGUGCAUAUAGUUUACAGGACAGAGUUGAGUAAGACAUUUAUAUGAAAACAACACCCUGAUUACUUUUCUAUGUGCAAAUAAAAUACAGAAAUAUUAGGUUACAGUGUAACGUUAGAUUUGAUUAGAUAAGGUUAGACUGUAUGUUCAGCUCCUGUGUUUUCCAUGUGAGAAGUUUAUUAAUACUGUCCCACUAAUCCAUACGUACCUGGUAUCAUACUGGUUUAAACACCUCCUGGUUAAUAUGCUGCUGUCCUUUCUGUCUUACUGAAACCCACAGAUCACCUGAACCUGAGUAUACCUGAAUUCUUCUGUGUUUGUUUUGUCAGAUGUCAAUAAAUGAAAGAGUUACAUAGUUAAUACAA